UCCGCGGCCCGUUCGUCAACGGUCCGUACCAGGUUUCGAGAGAGCGCCCUUGUCGUCUGGAGCGGGAAACCUACCUCGGCCGACCGACCGCCACAUUCACCUGAUUGACACACCGAAGUGUGGGAUUGAUGAGGACGUCGUUGCAAAAUCCACGUGCUGGAGCGAGUUAUAAAGAGUUUGUGCUGCCUCGGACACGUGCGUUGAGCAUCAGCCUCAUUGGCGCUUGGUUUCAAGUUGAAGGCUUGACAUCAACGAUCCACGUUUCCUUCUUUUUUUCCCACCUGUUUUUCUUCAGCAAGACUCUUCGACAUGGGAUCAGCGCAGACACGUGCAAAAGGGUGGAUGCCCUGUUGCUGCGCCCUCUGCUUCUGGUUAGGAGAACAGUUCCAAAGCCCAGCAGUCCCAAUAGCAGUCUGGACACGACCCAGGCACACAGUGGCGAAAUAUCGCCAAGUCUUCGAUUCGGGCCUUGCAUGGUUUCAGAGCUACCAGAGGCGAGCAGAGGAAGGGGAAGGGGACCUCACCACAGACCGGAAGCAGGAUGCCGUCGUGUUCGAGACCGGGAGACCCACCAACACUUUGACAAGCUCCAGCUCUGGGGCCGGCUCUGCCCAUCCGAGACAGGAAACGAGCCCUGGACCCUUGGCAACUCACGUCCAAGACCCUCUGCCCACUGUCCACGGUCCACAUUUAGCAUGCUACCUACACAGUGUACACUGCGCGCGGUGUCGGAUUCUCCAGCGAGAGACGCCAGGGGGCGGAAGCAGUGAUAAAAACCGACCAGCUGAGAGGAUAUGUGUAUCAGCAAGAUGGUGGACAAUCUUUCAACGGCCUCAGCCCGAAAGGCUGCGAACUGCCUCAUCAGGACUAGAGUCCGGACCGAUGCCAAAAUCUACCUCCGUCUGGCUCGUGUGGAGAGCGUCCGGCGAACCACGGUCUUCAUGGAUAUCAACAAACCACCUUCAGCACAGUGGAUCGUCUGCCUGUGGGGGAAGAUGGCCCGAGUCAGCAGCACAACUUUGAAAUGCGCCAUUGCAGGGACUGAAUCCGCCAAGAGGAAGCGGGGUCAGAGGUAAACUACCUUAACUGAGAGCUAGGUACCGGUACAACCCUAGGCAGUGAACUUCCCACUUGCAGAAUGGCUUCAGAGAUCGCGGGAUCCUGUCGAAAGAAAGACAGUGGCCAGGUAAGAAGACACAGGACACUGAAGUUCUGACCAGGUUUCAGACCCCGGCGGCAUUCCCACGGGAUGGACUCCUUCACACUCGAUUUCGGCGGUUGUAUCACACAGCUGCUACCGGUAUCUAUUGUA